GUUCGCCCUUCUCCACCAUGGCGGUCGCGGCGCUGCAGCUGAGGUUGAUCCUGUGUCCGGGGGCGCGCGGCCUGCGCUCCUUCUCCUCAGCCGUCAGGCCCGCAGCCGGCCCGCGUCCGGCAUCCAGAAGUGAAAGGUCAAUGAAAAGAAAGGCACUGCCUCCAAGGACAGAGAAGAUGGACGUUGACCAGGACUGGCCCAGUGUCUACCCGGUUGCGGCGCCAUUUAAACCCUCUGCUGUUCCGCUGCCUGUCCGAAUGGGGUAUCCAGUAAAGAAGGGUGUGCCCUUGGCAAAGGAGGGAAAUCUAGAGCUGUUAAAGAUCCCAAAUUUCCUGCAUCUGACUCCUGUGGCGAUUAGGAGGCACUGUGCAGCUCUAAAAGAUUUCUGCACAGAGUGGCCAGCUGGACUGGACAGCGAUGAGAAAUGUGAGAAGCAUUUUCCGAUUGAGAUCGACACAGCUGACUAUGUGUCCUCAGGACCAUCUGUUCGGAACCCCAAAUCACGAGUGGUGACGCUGAGGGUUAAACUUUCCAGUUUGAAUUUAGACAACCAUGCAAAGAAGAAACUUAUAAAACUUGUGGGAGAACGGUAUUGCAAGACCACCGAUGUGCUCACUAUCACCACAGACAGAUGCCCUCUGAAGAGACAGAACUAUGACUACGCGCUCUAUCUCCUCACAGUCCUGUAUCACGAGUCGUGGAAAACUGAAGAAUGGGAAAAAAAUAAGACAGAGGAAGACAUGGAAGAGUACGUGUGGGAAAAUAGCUCCUCGGAGAACAACGCUCUCCGAACCCUGCUGCAGAUGAGAGCUGCGGAGAGCGGUGUGGCACCGAGCAGGGACGAGCUGCUGGGAACCAGAGAGGUUGAGGAUUACCGGAAGUCCGUUGUUCGGCUGAAGAACGAGGGCGAGAACGAGGCAAACCUCACUCAGUACAAAGAGUCCGUGAAGAGAUUGUUAAAUCUGGCGUGAAGUCUGCAGUAAAGUCGCUAUAUCAA